AUGAAGGCGGCCUGGAAGUCGGGGCGUCGCGACCCCCAGAUGGGUACGGGAGCCUGUGCCAGGCGAGUGAACGGACCCGCAGCUCCUGCGCUCACGAGUGCGGCGGGACUCCGCAUGCACACGCGGGGCGGCAGAUGCGCGCCAGGGCUGCGGGGCUCCCGCACUGGUCAGGAGGGUCCCUACAGCCACACUGUCCCAAGCGCACCACUCCCGAACGCCGCCACGCGGAGCGCGUGGAACCCCCAGCCGGCGCUUCUUGACCCCCAUGGCCCCGCCCCCGCGUCCCGCUUCCCGUCCAAUCAGAAGGCGCGACCCUCCGAGACUCCGCCCUUGACCGACUCACCGCUGGCCAAUGAGCGGCCGCGCCCGGCGCCCAGUGCGCGCAGCCCGCGCGGAGCCCGCUCAGAGCGAGAAAAGCGAACCCAACCCGUCGGGGCCGCCGCUCCGGACCCGCCAGCGCCGCGGCCGCCGCCUCCUCCCCCCGGUCGGGUGUACUGUCCCAACCCGAAAGUCCAGUUCUGCGGCCCGGCAGCGGCGAGCGAGCGGGCGCGAUGACACAGGAGUACGACAAACCCCUGAGUACCCAGGAGCCUUCAGGACUUGACCAUAGCUGGAGGGCUGUGAAGAAGCCAGGACUCAGGACAACUGCUUCUGUGUUUGUCUUGCCUUAUAGCUCAGAUAAGGCAAAAUUUUCCAAAGCUAACGUCAUCUGGAACCGGAAGACUUCCUCUCCCAAGAUGGAGACAGCCUGAAAGGAUGAGAUCAUUGGCUUUGGCACCGGAGAGUUGCAGGCCCUUCUCUGUAUCACAAAGUUCCUCAUUAGAGAAAGUGACCCCCGAUUCAGCCUUAAACAUUAUUAGUUAACCCAACUUAUUUGACAAUAACUUUUUUCGUAUCGUUAUAAAAAACCCUUUACUACAGGCAGUAUCAGUCCAUCAUUGCACUUUCAGAGGUAACCAGAAGGCUUAGUGUGCACAUGACAGGAAAGCAGGUGGUUACCAUCUAUAUCCCCACCCUUAGAGAAGGCCUCAUGUGACAGACUAGUAAAUGCAUUGGACAACAACAAAAAAGCAUCUCAAAUACAAAACACAGAAGACAUUUCAGUUGAGAAAUCAAUUUUUACCUUUUUGUGAAUGGACUUCAAAUCAACAUUUGUUACUAUGAUAUUCUGAAGUCUGGCAAACAUAUCAGUCUGUUUUGGCUUCACAGAAACAGAGGCGUCCAUUCCUAGGGAAGGCAAGACUUUCACAAAGGAUUCAUUCAAUCCAGAUGAGUCAAGUGAGCAGUGCUGUGUUCAGUAACACACUACUAACAUACAGAGUCAACACAAGCUAUUAUUAGACAUACUGGUAUUGUUAUACCAGUAUUCACGUAUGAGGUAUGUAAGACAGGUUACACCUUUAAGUACUUCAUGCAUCUUACAUAAAAGUUGUGAGUUUAAAACCAAAUAAACAAAACACCUAGCCAGACCUGGAGGUGGAGGCCUAUAAUCCCAGUACUCCGGAAAGCUGUCAGGAGGAUCCCAAAUUCAAGCCCAGCCAGGGCAACUGAGCAACUUCAGAAGAAAUUAAGUUCUCCUGGCUCAAAAUUACAAAAAGUUUAAAAACUAGAGUGAGAGUAUAGCUCAGUGGAAAGCCUCUGGAUUCAAUCCCACAAAGGAAAGACAGGAAAGAAGGAAAAGAGGAGGAGAGGAGGAAGGGUAAUGUGCUGCUUCAUUCUUCUUUCAAACCGACAACAUCAAAAGGUCACAAGUGUCUUUCAGAAACUCCUUUGCCUAUGCUACAUACGGGGAAAAGGCAAAAUAAAUAAACUAUUUUUUAAAAAUUC